AUGCUUGUAUUAUUUUUAAUAGAAGGGGUUGCCAUGCCCAGGGCCCUGGCGCUGCUGCACGACGCCUCCGGCUUCCCGCGCUACCCCAUCGUCUUCCUGACCAACUCCGGCGGCUGGCUGGAGGAGGAGCGUGCCCGGCGCCUGUCCGCCCAGCUGGGCGUGCGGGUGGGCGCGGCGCAGGUGGUGCAGAGCCACACCCCGCUCAAGGCGCUUGCGCCCUCCCUGGCCGACCACCGCAUGCUGCUGGUGGGGCGGGGCGACCUCCACAGUCUGGCUGCCGGCUACGGCCUGCGCCGCUGCGUGACCGUCGAGGAGCUGGUGCGUGCGGACCCCGCCUCCGUGCCCUUUGCCGAGGUGGCUGUUGGAGGCCCCUCGGCCGGGGAUGGCUCCGCCCAGCCCAUCGGCGCAGUGCUGGUGCUCAACGACCCUUCCGACUGGUACUGCGCGCUGCAGACUUCGCUGGACGUCGUGCUGGGGCGGGCAGUGCCCGGUGCCCGCCCCGCCACCCGGCCGCCGCCGGGCGCAGGGACCUGCAACCCCAACCCCGUGCACGUCGUCUUCUCCAACCCGGAUGUGGAGUGGGCCGGGGCGCACGCCGCGCCCCGCCUCGGCGGCGGCGCCUUUGCGGCCUGCCUGCAGGCGCUGCACACGGAGGUGACGGGCGCGCCCCUGCCGCACGUCACCCGCUUCGGCAAGCCCCACGCGCCGCCCUACGACCUGGCCGCCGCCUCGCUGCACGCCCAGGCCGCGGCGCUGGGCUGGGGAGACCGCGCCUUUGGCGCCAUCUGGGCGGUGGGGGACAAUCCCGAGGCCGACGUGGCAGGGGCCAACGCCGCCGGCCCACCCUGGACCAGCGUCCUGGUGCGCACCGGCGUCUUCCGCGGCCCAGGGAACAGUGAGCGCCACCCGGCCCGUCUGGUGGUCGAGGACGUGGAGGCGGCGGUGCGGGCGGCCCUGCACCGCGCGCGCUCUGCCACCUGGCACAGCAUGCGAUGA